GCCACGCCCCCUCCCCCGCCAUGCCGGCUCCGGCCGUGCGGGCGGUCUCGUUGGGUUUGCGGCCUUACGAAGAAGCGUUGCGGGUUCAGCAGCGCUGCGUGGCGGCUGCGCGGGCGGCUCGGGGCCCUCCUCCACGUCCUCCAUUCGAAUGCGUGGUGCUGAGCGAACCCGCAAGGCCCGUAUACGCGUGGGGGCUGCGAGGUGCCCCGACUGAGAGAGAGGCGGAGCGGCUGCGGGCGGCCGGCGCGGGGUUGGCGGCGGUGCGGAGGGGCGGCAGCGUGACGUUCCACGGGCCGGGGCAGCUGUUGGCUUUCCCCGUGUUGGAUCUGAAGGCGCGGGGAAUUCAGCUGCGAGGCUUCGUGGAGAGGUUGCAGGACGUGGCGGUGCGGCUGUGCCGGAGGGUCGGGGCGAUGAGUGCCGCCGGGCGACCGCCGCCUUACACCGGAGUGUGGGUGGGGGAAGGCAAAGUGUGCGCCGUCGGGGUGCACUGUGGGAACCACAUCACCUCCCACGGGCUGGCACUGAAUUGCUGCACUGACCUCUCCUGGUUCGAGCACAUCGUGCCCUGUGGGCUGGAGGGGACGACGGCCACUUCACUGAGCCACGAAUUGGGCCGCCACGUCACCGUUGAGGACAUCCUUGAGCCUUUCCUUGAGUCCUUCCAGGAGGUCUUUGACUGCACUGUGGUGUUUUCUGAGGAGCCCAGGGACUGAGAAGGUGCAGGGUGAUGGAAAGAGUCCCAUCCCGCCAGUGCCGGAGCACACAGAUGGUGUGGGAUGGUUGGAGGCUGUCCCCAAUGCCACGUUGUCACCAUGCCACGUCUCGCUGCUGAGAUGCUGUGGGGAAAAAAAGGCCCUUGUUAGGACCAGGGGUGGACCUGCAGAACUCAGGUCAUGUCCUCAGCAAGCACUUUAGUGGUUUGAAUUCCUCUCUCCUCAAAAAGUCUGACCUUGGAGUGAAUGCUUUGAGCAAAAAGGGAGAGGUGUUGCUUGGUGAAGUGCUCUUAUCUCCUUGCUGCUGUGCAAAAGUCAGUGUUGGUUUUAUAUAAAGAGAGUUGGUGGGAACGUUG